AUGUAUAUCAAAGGCGUUUCAUGGAUUCGUCGUAAGGACUUUCAAUUACUAACAGUUGGAUUAUCAACCCAUAGUAGUGAUAAAAGAUUUCUUGUCGAGCACACGCGUCAUAUGGGGCACUGGUCAUUAAGAAUAAAGUCUGUACGUGACAGCGAUCGGGGGUUAUAUGAAUGUCAGUUAUCAAUAUACCCUACAGAAUCAAUUUUUGUAGAACUGAAAGUUGUUGAAGCUGUUGCAGAAAUCGUCGGAGCACCGGAUUUGCAUAUUGAUGAAGGAUCCUCUCUUCGAUUAGAAUGUAAACUUAAGAAGGCAACAGAAAAUCCUGCUUUUGUUUUCUGGUAUCAUAACAACAAAAUGGUUAACUAUGAUGAACAAGAGGGGUUUUCUGUUACUUCGACUGCAGUGGUGGAUACCGCUAUACCAAGAGGAACUCAAAAUUCAGAAAACUCUUUAAUUCUAUCGAAUAAAAAACUUAACAGUGAACGGAGUGAAAGCAAGGACAAAGAACAUAUUACUAACAAAACAAAGAUGUCUAAGUCUCAGCUAUUUCCAUAUUUAUUAUCACCUACAUCCAGCAUAUUGAAUUUAGAGGUAGUAAAUUUUCAUCAUGCAGGUAACUAUACUUGUGCUCCUUCAAAUGCCAGAGCAGUAAGUAUUACUGUGCACGUUCUACGAGGUAAGCAAAUUCAAAAUCACUUAACAUACAUAUGUAUAUACUUGUAUUACAUAUUCAUAGUUUUUAUUUAUACUUACACCCCUAUUCUGUGCACUUGACAAAUUCAACAUCGUACUGAUUUAUCAAGAUAGACCAUCUUAUACCAUGUUCCGACCGACCCUUAAUCAUUAGAUUUAGGCUGUUGAGUGGUUUAUCUCACUAAUCCUCUGGAUUUAGCAAAAUAAAAACAUACAAAAAUUACACUUGUUAAUCAUCUCACCGAGGUGAUUUGAAACUAAUCAACAUGAAAUCUCCGUAUGUAACUCUGAUUUAUAUGCUCUGAUAUCGCCAUCGGUUUGUCAGUAGUUAAAUUAUCAAGCUGAUUUUAGCACUAUGAACUGUCAAAGUGAAAAAACUUAAAAAUAAACGUGCAACAACCAAUUUAGCUUUAAAAAAAAAACAAGCAAAA